CCUUCACCUCACUGCACAGACAGACAGCAGGACUGAGAGGAGGGAGACUGAAGGGCAUGAACCUGCAGGAGCAACACAGCUGAGGCGCCUUUUGGACCACCGACUGAACACAUUGACACGGAGCUCUACCUUGUUUGACCGUACAAUCAUGGGUCUGGACACAUGGAGCCUUUUAAUGAUGUUUUCUUUGUCUCUUUGGACCAACAACCAAGCCUUGACCAAGAAUUCCAUCCUCUCUCGAAUACGAAGAGCUCCAGAGGCCAAAGAAGAAAACAAGAAAUGCUCCUACACCUUUCUGGUUCCUGAGCAAAAGAUCACAGGUCCUAUCUGUGCAGCCCGUGGCCACUCCACCGACAAAGACCGGGUGACACGCCUGGAUGUAGCAUCGGUCCGUGAUCUUCUGUCAAAGCAGCGUCGGGAGAUGGAAACUUUGAAGCUGGUGGUAGAUGUGGAUGGUAACUUGGUGAACGAGAUGAAGCUGCUGAGGAAAGAGAGCAGAAACAUGAACUCUAGAGUGACGCAGCUCUACAUGCAGCUCCUCCAUGAGAUCAUAAGGAAAAGGGACAACUCUCUGGAGCUGGCUCAGCUGGAGACACGCAUCCUGAAUGCCACCACCGAGUCACUGCGCUUGGCCUCUCGCUACAGGGAACUAGAGGCCAAAUAUGGAGCCCUGUCUGCAGUUGUGAACAAUCAGUCAGUGCUGAUUGGAGCACUGGAGGAGCGUUGUAUGCAGAUAUACAGCGGCAGGCAUGAGCAACCACCCCUGGGACCUCCUCUGGUGCAAGUGGUGCCUGAGAACAUUCCAGUCAGCGUGCCACGUUUCACCAACGAGAUCCAGAGUCGCAACACUAGAGGGUUUGCCUUGGAAAGGGGCUCUCGCUCUGGGCCAUCAUCAACAAGCAGUACCCUAGAGGUACAAAAGACUCCUGAGAGAAACUUUAGUACAAAGGGCCCGUUCAGAGACUGUCUGGAGGCUCAGGAAGCCGGCCACAGCACCAGCACCGUGUACCUGAUCAAACCUGAUGAAGCACAGAGGACAGUGCAGGCCUGGUGUGAACAGGACAUCGACAACGGGGGUUGGACUGUCAUCCAAAGCAGAAGAGACGGAUCAGUUAACUUCUUCAGAAACUGGGAGAACUACAAGAGUGGCUUUGGCAACAUAGACGGGGAGUACUGGCUCGGUCUGGAAGCCAUCUACAAAUUAGGAAGGCAGGGAGACUACAAGCUCCUGGUGGAGAUGAAGGACUGGAUGGACAAGAAGGUCUACGCCCAGUACAGCAGCUUCCACCUGGAGCCGGAGAGUGAGGGCUACCGCCUGCGGCUCGGCACCUACCAGGGCAACGCUGGGGACUCACUGAGCAGCCACAACGGCAAACAGUUCACCACCUUGGACCGAGACAAAGACACGUUCUCUGGUAACUGUGCCCAUUUCCAUAAAGGAGGAUGGUGGUACAACGCCUGUGGUCAAGCCAACCUGAACGGUGUCUGGUACACUGGAGGGGUCUACCGCAGCAAAUUCCAAGAUGGGAUGUUCUGGGCCGACUAUGGUGGAGGGUUCUAUUCCAUGAAGUCUGUCCGUAUGAUGAUCAGACCUAUAGACUGAGAACUUGUUGAUCCUCGGUGGAACAAGGCUUCUUCAAGCUGAGAGCUGGCCGCCUGCAUCAACAGACACAUGUUUAGAAGGUUAAAGCUCAGGACUGCUGCUGAUAAACAACCAGCUUCUCUUUACAUCAAC